AUGGCUGUCAAGUUGAUCCACGUCAUUUUACUUCUGAUAACCGUGAUAGUGGUCCUGGUCAGACAAAAGUGCGUCACCGCAGCAACCACGGUUAUUCUACAAUCUUGGUGCCUGGGGAAGGAUGUUCCUACCAAACCGAGGAAGCGUUGUGAAAAACACUCAUCCUUUGACGACCCUAACCUCACUGUGAUGCCUCCAAUAUCCAAUGCCUACUACCUGGGCCCUCAGUGCAGCUGGCUCCAUCAUGUCUGGCCUCGGCUCCAGAGGACUGCAAUGCCGAGGCUCAAGUACAAACGGGAUCCAAUCAUCAUUAUCGACAACGAAGACAUAGGGCGCCACCCUCGUGGUAACUCAUCCCAUGACCACACCGCCGCCCGUUUGAAAAAAAGUAGUCACUGA